GCAAAAGAGCCAGUAGUUUCCUUCUACAUUCCACAUCUUAUGAGGCAUAUUACGCUCGAGCUCGUGCUUACAUAUAACCAUAGUGAAAAUGCUGCAGGGCAAAAAUGACGUGAUGUGCAACUGGUUUUGUCAUCCAUUCCAGAAGACCUGUGGAAACUUGGUCCACAUAGGCCACUUCCCCUAAUCCGUCCUAACCAUCAGCCCUCUUGGGUGAUUUUCGCCAGCGAUGGUGCCAUAUCCGCGAUCCCGGGCAUUGAUAAUGAUGAUGUGGAAUGAUAACAGUAGGCUUGAAAAUGGCGGUCUACUACUACCUCCACUAGAGCUUUGAGUUGGAUAAAUAAGCUACAUAGACGCUUCCAAGGAACUCCUCAUCCAAACACAACUCUUCCACACUUGGUUCUCUUUACUACUCGCCCAGCUCAAAACAUGGCGCCUACACUUGAGGACCCGACCUUGGCUCCAGCCUUGGGUCAUGUUAUUCUUCCAAAGAAAGAGAUCAUCGGCGACAACAAGUUCCAAUACACACCGGGACGCACAUUCGUCGAGCGUCACGACAACUACGCUUAUGAAGAACUUCUGCCUUCAUUCCCUGAUAUUUAUUGGGAUCCGCUGGAAGAGAUUCCCUAUGAAGACAGAGGACGUCGCGGGGAUCCUAAAUUCCGUAACCUCCUGCGGGAUGCCACCGAUGUUUUUGACUACACACCCAAGAUCGGAACUGAGAUUCAUGGUGUGAACUUGGCCAAGUUAGAUGAAGCACAGAAGGAUGACUUGGCUCGCCUAGUCGCUGUCCGUGGGGUGGUGUUCUUCCGUGAUCAAAAAGACUUGGACAUUGAUGCCCAACGAGAACUAGGUAGACAUUUUGGGAGACUACAUAAGCACGCAACCACGUCUGUUCCGAGGAAGCAAGGCUUGGAGGAUGUUCAUGUGGUUUACAGUGCAGAUAAUUCUGGUGACCAGCGGGCAUUGUUCACGCCCAGCUUUUUGUGGCAUUCGGAUGUGACCUACGAGGUACAGCCACCAUCAUACACAUUGCUGAAGGUUCUUACGGGGCCUCCCCGUGGAGGGGGUGGCGACACACUUUGGACCUCUCAGUAUGCAGCAUACGAUGCUCUCUCCUCUCAUAUGCAGACAUAUUUGAAGGGCUUGACCGCACUCCACUCAGCGGACAUGCAAGCUUCUGAUUCACGAGCCCUCGGCCGACCAGUCCGUCGCGAGCCUGUCACUACGGAGCACCCUUUGAUCCGCACCAACCCAGUGACUGGCUGGAACAGUCUUUUCUUCAACCCCGGGUUUGUGACAAAAAUUGUUGGAAUCCCUAAGACAGAGAGCGAUGCUAUUAUCAAAUACCUUACCGAUGUUAUUGCAACCACACAAGAGAUGCAUGCACGGUUUCAAUGGAACAAGGAUGAUUUAGCUAUCUGGGACAAUCGGACUACGAAUCACACGGCAUCUUAUGGUUUUGCACCUCACCGUCGCCAUGCAGUCCGAGUCGCUGCUCAGGCCGAACGGCCCUACCUAGACCCAGCCGGCAAAUCACAAGAGGAGGAGCACAUUGCGCUGUACAAUCUGCCACCGGUAAACAAGGAUGGUGCUCGUCAGUCAAAUUACAAUGACUAAGAUUUGGUUUCUCUUUCUCUUUCUCUUCCACUGCCGAGCGAAGCACUUGUGAGCAUUCUGAUAUAUGGCGUUACACAUACCCGGGAAAUUGAUUUGUAUAUACUACUAUUUACACAUUGCUAAUAAGAUUU